AUGAGGCCCCACACAAGUCCCCAUGCUGCAGCAGCCGAGCGGUUUGUGUCUCCUUAUGAACUCUUAGAGAGUGAGGGAACACAACAGGAAGAUAUAAAAAGGAGACAGCUGUCUCCUCCUGUCUCUCCUCUCAAUAAAAAGGAGACAGCAAGCAGAAACCCCAAGGACACCUGCCACCGGAGCCCUGCAGCAAAGGCUGCUGAGAAGGAGGGGGAGACAGCAGCAGCAGCAGCAGCAGCAGCAGCAGCAGCACACAAACAAGAUACAGGCAAGCAUAACCCCACACGAGGCCCGGAUGCAGCAGCAGCAGCAGCUGCUGCUGCUGCUGCUGCUGCUUCACAGCAACAAGGAGAUUCUAUCGUCUCCCUGAGAUGUCCUAAUCAGUCCCUUCUUAAUAAAGGAGACAUAAAAGGAGACAGAAAAGGAGACAAAAAAGGAGACAGAAAAGGAGACAGAAAAGGAGACACGCAAGGAGACAGACAAGCAGAAGAUACUCCCCAAACACAGUGCGCUGCGUCCGCCAGUCCUCGGCAACAGCAGCAGCAGCAGCAGCAGCAGCAACACCAACAGCAACACCCGCAGCAGCAGCAGCAGCAGCACAGCACACAAACAAGAUACAGGCAAGCAUAA